UUACCCCAGGUUGGCCCAGUCCAGAAUAUUAUGUGGUCCAGCUAGACGACAUAGAGCACUGUAUAGUGAUGGCAAGUGAUUAUGGCGAUCACUCAGACUCGCUAUCAGUCACCAAGAUCAAUCCGAUCACAAUAGAACGGUUAUCUAUUGUUCACCACUCCGUAUCCCAAGUGGCAUUGAACGGUUCCAGAUGUCAUGGCUAAUGUGUCAUCGAUCCAGCGGGGCUCCGGGUGACAGUGGGCCGACAGCCAUGAUCACCUGAAAAUAACCUUAUCUUGACCCUCUUUUCCUGCCAUAGACUGAUAGUCGUCAUGGGAAAACAAUCGAGCAGAAAGCCAGGCCCAUCAGAGCUUCGGGCAUGUGCAGAAUGCCGGAAACGGAAGAGCAAGUGCUCGGGUGCUGCCCCAUGCUCAUACUGCUCUCGCACCAAGAAACACUGUCGCUUCGACCGUGUACCAUCUCGCACCCCUUUGACUCGGAAAAACCUUGACGAAAAGGAACAUCUUUGCGCGAACUUGAUUGCUCUCAUCCACAAAUCAAAUCCGGAAGUCGAUAUCGAAGACGCAUUGAAGGCAUUGUCGGCGUCUGACGAACAACGUGGUGACAAUAGACCGACCCCUGCGCUACCGAGCCUGGACUUAGAAAGGCGGAGCCCUACCCCUUCAGGAAAUUUUGAAUGGGACGAAGCUCCGUUGCCCUCAACCCAUCAUCCAGACAAGUCUCUCGACGGAAUGGCAUCACUGCCAACAGGGGGGUCGGGAUCUGGUUAUCUAGGAAACAGCUCAGGGUCCUGUAUUCUAAGAUCCAUCUCAGAUUUGCUCCCCGAUGACACUACUCCUCAGGCUGCGCGGAAAGAACGACGUCCUGCAGUUUCACUCCAUGUAGAAAGUCCAGCUUUGUUUGCGGAGCUAGAUGAUACCGUCCUCCUGGAUGGCCUUGUUGAUGCCUACUUCAUGUGGUACAACUCGUCAUAUCCUAUUCUGCACGAGAGGACGUUCAGGCAGAAGUACAGAAAGCGGCAUCAAUUCCAGCCCGGCUCCACUUGGCACCUGAUAUUCUACCUGGUUCUGGCAAUUGGGGACUGGAUACUACCUGGUGGCUCAAAAGUCGAACAGUCCAAAUAUUACAUGGCUGCACGGUCACGCAUGUCAAUACAUCUGCUUGAAUCGGGCUCUCUUCUCACCAUUCAAGCUUUUCUUUUGAUGGGAAAUUUCCUCCAGAAGCGAGACCGGCCGAACACAGGAUAUAACUUCAUCGGGAUAGCAUAUCGAAUGGCCAUUGGACUUGGACUUCACCGUGAACCACCCACAGAUGUAAUAGGAGACACUCUAGCGAUCGAAAUGAGAAGAGCUGUAUGGUGGAUUGUGUAUUCAUUCGAUAGUGGAUUUGGCUUGACCACAGGGAGACCUGUCAUGUCAUCGGAUUGCUUCAUUGAAACCCGACUUCCACGAAACAUCGAAGCUUCGGACUGCACAUUAGAUUCCCCACUCCCCGACCCCGUCGACAAACCAACCACCUACUCCGCCAUCAUCGCACACGCCCGCCUAGCACGCACCGGAAACAUGGUCUACCGGAACGUACUUGCAGCUCCAAAGAAAGACCUCAACCUGAAGGCCUCACGCUCUCUCGACCACCAGCUCAAAGCAUGGCGCCUAUCCCUCCCAAUCUACUUCACCGCCCACGACGUCCCAACCUGGUUCCGCAGCCCUCGAGCAAUAGUAGGCUGGAAGGAACAGAACCUCCGAAUGUUGCUAUGGUGGGGAACCCAGCGCCUAUGUACCACUCUUUCCGACACCGAAGAAGCUCAAAACAUGUGCCACUACGCCGCAAUCGAAUGCAUCCAAGACAUCACCACCUUCUGCACCGACUACCCGGACGUCCUCCACAUCGGUCUAAGCUGGUACGCGACCUACUUUCUCUUCCAGGCCUCCAUCGUCCUCAGCAUCUAUUACCUUCGACCCCAUCAACUCCUCGAUUCGACCCUAGCCGCCGCGAACCAAGAUCUCUGGCUCUUUUCUAUCUCCCGAGCCCGCGACUGCCUCGCGAAUAUCAGUGAGGCGAACCAAGCCGCUGCGCGAUGUCUGGAAGUCCUCGAUCGCAUUAGAGAUCAAUCGCAAUCUACACCCACACCCGGGACAUCCGCGUCUGCUAAUUAUAACCCUGACCCCGACGCUGCGCAGUUACCACCCAUCCAUGAUAACCCGGGGAUACGUCAAGGAAUGGGAACGCUCCCCGUUGACCCGUCCCUGCAGAUGUUCUUCGAUGCUACGUCGUGGAACAAGGAUAUUUUCGAAGGCCUCCAGGGGUUUCCCAUCACGGAUGAAGUCGAAUCGUUUGAUUAUGUCUCGGGCACGGCGCUGGCAGCGGAUAUCGCGGGGGAUUGGGUUAUAUCUGGUGAUCCGGGGCUGGGGCCGAGUUGA